CACUUUAGUAAACAGAGAGAUGCUGUCCCUCCCGAGUGACCACAGCCGAGCUGCUAGGCGAGACGCACUCCCGCGUUCCACUAGAACUCAAACACCAUCUCCACUAUCUGUGUGCUUUCGGGGUCUCUGAGGUGGCAUGCAAGCGGUUCAUGAGCUGGUGCUGGUGAAGGCACCUGUGGUCGAGACGCUCUUGGCGGGGAUGGCGGACGCAGCGAGCAACCAGAGCACCUUCAACUUUUCGCACUUCACCUACCUGGAGGACAUCGAGGUGUUCGCGGACGGCUCGCCCGUGCUCCUGUUUCUCAUCUCCAUCGUCUACUCGUUCGUGUGCGCCGUGGGCUUGGUGGGCAACAUCCUGGUGUUCUUCCUGAUGAAGUCGAGACAGAGGAAGAAGCAGUCGUCCGUGAACUUCUUCGUCCUGAACCUGGCCGUGACCGACUUCCAAUUCGUGCUGACGCUGCCCUUCUGGGCCGUGGACAUGGCGCGCGACUACAGCUGGCCCUUUGGCCACGUCAUGUGCAAAGUGGUGCUCUCGGUGACGGUGAUGAACUCGUACGCGAGCGUCUUCUUUCUCACCGCCAUGAGCGUCACGCGCUACUGGGCCGUGGCCUCGGCGCUGCGGGACCGCACCAGGCGCGCGCGCUGCUCCGUCAAGCGCGUGAGUGCGCUGCUCUGGCUGCUCGCCACGGUGGCCACGGCGCCCACCGUGGCCUUCUCGACGCAGAAGAAAGUGUACAACGAGACCCUGUGCCUCAUCAGCCUGCCCGACCAGCUGUGGCCGGGCUUGUACCACCUCCAGAGGAUCUUCGUGGGCUUCGUAAUCCCGCUGCUUAUCGUGUGCGUGUGCUACCUGCUGCUCCUGCGGCUCGUGCGCCUCCGCAGCAUGAACAACAACCUGCCCAAGCGGCGCUCCAAGGUGACCAAGUCGGUCACUAUCGUGGUGCUCUCGUUCUUCCUCUGCUGGAUGCCCAACCACGCCAUCACCCUGUGGGGCGUGCUGGUCAGGAUGGACCUGGCCAACUUCGACCAAGCCUACUACAUAUGCCACACGUACGUGUUCCCCGUGGCUAUCUGCCUGGCGAACGCCAACAGCUGCCUCAACCCGGUCCUGUACUGCCUCACGAGGAGAGAGUUCAGGAAAAUGCUGAAGGACUUGUUCUGGAGGUUCUCCUCUCCAGCCGCGGUCAAUGGCUGCCGGGUCCGUCCGUUCUCAGGGAGCACUAAAGGCGAGCAGGACGACAGCCAGGCGGCCAUCCCGCUGAAUGUGAUCGACACGGAGCAGUGCAGGCUCUCCGGGCUUAACGGCCAGUGUGGAACGCCGAGGUAAAUGCGCAACGGUGCGUAAAAACGCAAUGUGGACACCGGCGGAGCCUCGCGCGCAGGCUACUGCCAAACCGACUACCAAGGUUUUUUUUUUCGUCCUCUCUGUGGUUCUUACACACUUCAAAAAGAUCUUCAAAGGUUCUUCAAGGGUUUUUAGUAAAGCCGAUGGGGUAUAUUUAGAACCACGACUUCAAUGUAGACUUUAUACGAUACGAUAAACUUUGUCAGAUUCCUCUGUAAAUUGUCUUGCAUCACAACAGGUCCAUGGUGGGGGGGCGCUUUCACAGCCUCACAAUCACCUAACACACCUGACUGAGGAAUAAAAGAGUUCCUAAAGUCCUGACUUCGGUACUCUAAAACGUCAAAAUGUUGAAUUCCUGCUUGAACAGUUCUUUGCAUGGUGAAAUGGUUCUUCAUAUUAAUAGAGAACGUGCUAUGGAUCUUUAUAGAACCUGUUUGAAAAUGGAAAAUGGAUGCGAGGUCAAGCUUGUAACAAUAGCAGAAACUUUUUGGGCCAGUAUAGACACAUUUGCUAUAUAUAAUCAUCUACAAAGCAUUCUAAAGAACCAUUUCACCAUUUCACCACGUCACCGUGCACCAUUCCAGUGGUUAAAGAACCAUUUAAUCAUGAAGUGGUUCUACAUAGAACUCAUGGCUGUAAACAGAACAGUCGUCGUCACUGUAGAACCCUUGAAGAGCCAUCCUUUUUAAGAGGUAUCUGAAAAGUACCAGUGCGUCAUGUACAUUUUGUUCCUCAACUGUGCUCAGCUACGCUACAGAAACCUCCAUCUGUGAAUAUAAGAAUGUGCCCAGAUCGCGCGUACGACUCAAAGCCAUUGCAGUCAGCUGCGAAGUGCAAGCGAGUGCGGACGCAAUGCAUGACUGCUCUGUCUGCCUCUGUCGACAUAAGCUACCUGUAAAUAUGUUUGGAAAAGUUACUUAUUUAAUGUAAGAAAGACUCACGAACGCGCAAACCAGUUCUGUUGUGCAGUGAAAUCUUCCCAGACACGAGCAGGAACUGGCAGCAGCGAUUCUAUUACACUUCUUUGGUAUUUGGGGAAAAGUGUGAACAUUUUGACGCAGUGUUGUGUUGGGCGAGUCUGUGGAAAUCUUCAGUGUUAUGUGUAAGCUUCAGAUACACAUCCAGGAUUUGUUUCGUACGGUCUGUUUCUUUUUUC